GACAGCUUGGUGCCACAUGGCAGAGAGGAACCAGGAUAAAAAAAAAAUGAGCCGGACUUGUGGAUUGUAGAGCGCGCGGCGAAACAGCCGGGGAGAAGUUUGCGGAGCGGUGACACCAAGCUCCUCUGGCUGCACUGAGUCGCUGCAGGGGAGGACGGACAGACGGAGGGACACCGGGGCUGCAGCCACCCAGGGACACCUGUGGGGUGAGCGCCAGCUGCGGAGCAUCCUGUCCCCUCUGCACCAGCCAUGUCCCUGGUGGUGAAGGAGAAAAACCACGUCCGGUUGGUCUUCUUGGGAGCUGCCGGCGUGGGCAAGACAUCCCUCAUCCGCCGCUUCCUGAUGGACACCUUCGAGCCCAAGCACCGGCGCACGGUGGAGGAGCUGCACAGCAAGGAGUACGAGGUGUGUGGGGCCACGGUCAAGGUGGAAAUCCUGGACACCAGCGGCAGCUACUCCUUCCCGGCCAUGAGGAAGCUCUCGAUCCAGAACAGCGACGCCUUCGCCCUGGUCUACGCCGUGGAUGACGCCGAGUCCUUCGAGAGCGUGAAGAGCCUGCGGGAGGAGAUCCUGGAGGUGAAGGAGGACAAGUUCCCCCCCAUCGUGGUGGUCGGCAACAAGGCGGAGAGCGGCGGCGAGCGGCAGGUGCCGGUGGAGGACGCCCUGUCGCUGGUGGAGCUGGACUGGAACAGCCGCUUUGUGGAGACGUCGGCCAAGGACAACGAGAACGUCCUGGAGGUGUUCAGGGAGCUGCUGCAGCAAGCCAACCUGCCCAGCCGGCUCAGCCCUGCGCUCUGCAAGAGGAGGGAGACCCUGCCCAAGGAGCAGGCGCUCAGGCCGCCCAUGAACAAGACCAACAGCUGCUCCGUGUGCUGAGCCGGCUGCCCCGG